AUGCGCAGAUCUAGCACCGAUGAAUCAACUUACCAUAGGAGCCCUUCUGUGGACAGCAAGGAUUACAGUUUUCCCAAUGGCGCCUUCCGUCGCUACAGCAGCAUGUACGGCGGCCAAUUUGGAGCCGCAAGUAACUCUUUUUUUGGAUUCCAUACCAACCCGGGUCCUAAGGCCACCAAGGCUAAGUACACCUCCCCCAAGGGGAACAAGUAUGUGGUCUUUUACUUGGAUCUCUCCUUUAUUUUUCUUCUAGAACUGAAGAGGUGCAGCAUGGCUCACAACUGCCUGCAGUGCAUUAAGUACCUCAUGUUUGUCUUCAACUUGCUCUUCUGGCUGGGAGGCUGUGGGAUCCUUGGAGUUGGCAUAUGGCUAGCCGUUACUCAAGGGAACUUCGCUACCCUCUCUUCUUCCUUCCCUUCUCUGUCAGCUGCCAACCUGCUGAUCAUCACAGGGACUUUUGUGAUGAUCAUUGGCUUUGUGGGAUGCAUAGGAGCCAUCAAAGAAAACAAGUGCCUCCUACUCAGUUUUUUUAUCAUGCUGUUAAUUAUAUUUGUGCUGGAGCUCACGGUGGUGAUUCUCUUCUUCGUCUACACCGACAAGAUCGAUAAGUAUGCUCAGCGGGACUUGAAGAAAGGCCUUCAUUUGUACGGAACUGAUGGAAAUAUUGGUUUAACUAAUGCAUGGAGCAUCAUACAAACAGAUUUCAGAUGCUGUGGCGUCUCCAACUACACUGACUGGUUUGAAGUAUACAAUACCACACGGGUGCCAGAUUCAUGCUGCUUGGAAUUUAGUGAAAACUGUGGUCUUCAUUCCCCAGGGACCUGGUGGAAAGCUCCUUGCUACGAAACAGUGAAAUUAUGGCUUCAGGAGAACCUGUUAGCAGUCGGAAUUUUUGGAUUGUGCACAGCAUUGGUUCAGAUUCUUGGACUGACAUUUGCAAUGACCAUGUAUUGUCAGGUUGUCAAGGUAGACACCUACUGUGCAUAAACAUCAUCUUCAGGGUCCAUCAACCACCUCUCCAAGAGACGAACGAGAGGGCCCUCCAUCCUGUUGUCAUAUUUUUUCUAUGUAAAAUAAACUGUAUAAUCCUCUAUGGAAAAAUUGUGGAUUCCCCCUAGUUUUGUCACACCACUCAAAAUGGUAUCAUCGUGGAACUCAAGACUUGCUCCGACAAAAUAAAUUCUUCUCUCUAAAUGGCAAGAAAAACAAAGAAAGGAACGGCUCCCUUUUGCACAGACUGUGGCUUAGUUUGAGGCGGAGUUUAAUCUCUGCAAGCUGUUGACAAAUAGAAAUGUUCCGCCUAGCCCGAUUUCACCAGUCCUCAAAAUACAGGGAGCCCUUUCUCAAAAUGAUAGAGAAGAUGUGGGACAGCCAUGUCUUAGCAUUUGGUUUUAGCCAGCUUAGCACCUCGGCCCAGGGACAUGUUUUGGACUCUCAACAUGGUGUCACGGAAUGAGAGGUCUUUGGGGAAAGCGUGAAGAAAGGGUUUUGAUGUCCCAUCAGACCUGGCUGUAAACAAUGGGAAUUCUUACUCUUGAAAUCAGUGUAAUAACGUUCAAGUACUAAUGUCUGAAUCCAUCCAUAUAGAUACACAACAACAAUUCUAGCAGCUGCCUGCAAAGCACAUCGGUCUUCUCUUCCUUUGUAUUCCAUAGGACCAUGGAGUCAAAUGGAAAGAUCUCCUAGGGAAGAAAUUUAGGCCACUAAGAAACAAGCAAUUGCAUCAGUCAGAUUUAUUCUUCAGAAAAUAUGUAAUCACCUUUCUGUUACUGUCCUCUGGAUUUUCUUUUAAGUGUCAUUCCAGUUUUGGUGUUCCAGUAUGUCCUUUUUCCCCCCUGUUGCUGUCCCCUUCGUCUCUUUGCCUUUUCCUUAAUUUGCUUUGUCAUAUUUUCACCUUUAAAUAGGAUAGAUUCACUAGGGGGAAAAGCCCAUGCUGUAAACAUGCUUUGUAGCUGCUUUUUAAACGAACAAAUUAUUCCAAGAAGGAAUUGGAAGGUUUGAAAAAAUUCUCCACUAACCAAAAAGUCAUUAAUUUCCCUUUUUGCUUUUCUCUGCAUUAAUAUACACAGAAGAACAUGGAGGCAAAGAUUUUCAAGCACAUUCCCAUCACUGCUUACAACCAUAGGCCAAUGAAAGGCUAGCAUGGAUUAUCUGCUCACUAUCUCAACAAUGAAGAUUGCUUGAUGGGUCAUCUGUUAUCUGUCUUGCUUUAGUAAAUCAUAUAUCAAUAAAAUGAGUGGAUUAUCAUUGUAGGUGAACACUAAUAGGUUUGUUAAUACAUGCAUGCUGACAGAAAAUUGACCAGACUUAGAAUCCAUAGCUUAACAUCCAAGUAGAGUUUAAAGUCAGCAUGUACACAUUGUUAGUCCACUCAGACAGUUCCUUUCCCUUCAGUUCUGCUCAAAAAAAAAAAAAAAGCAGCAAAGGAAUCUUAAUUCAGCCCUUGCCUUUCUUUCCAUCCUUUUAUAUACAGUUGAUCGUUGUUUAUUUUUCCAGUAAUGGAAGAUAAUGAGGCAGGUUGGUGCAGUGGUUAAAGCACAGGCUGGAAACCAGAAGACAGGGAGUUCUACUCCUGCCUUAGGAGCAAAGCCAGCUGGGUGAUUUUGGGCCAGUCACUCUGUCUCAGACCGAGGAAGCAGGUGUGGGAAACCACUUCUGAAUUCUUGUGAAGAAACCUGCAGGGUUUGCUCAAGCAGCCACUAGGAAUAAAAAAACUGACUCAAAAGCAUCCCCUCCCAAAAAAGGA